GACGAAACACCAUGCUGUGCUGACUCACUUCUGACAGUUUAAAAGUUGGAGAAAACACGGGGGUAAGCAGAAUCAGAAGAAGACUCGAAGAGGAAGAUGACGUUUGGAGUCUCCAGCGCACUGAGUAAGCGGUCAGUGCUGGCGACCCUCCUCGUCGCCGGUCUGCUCUCCCUCGGCCAAGCAGCGAACCCUUGCUGUUCCAACCCGUGCCAGAACCGAGGAGUGUGCAGCACGGUGGGCUUCGAUGGCUAUGAAUGCGAUUGCACCCGUACGGGAUUUUACGGACAGAACUGCACCACGCCCGAGUUCUGGACUCGGGUGAAGCUCAGCCUGAAACCCACCCCAAACACUGUGCACUACAUUCUGACCCACUAUCCUGGCGUGUGGAACAUAGUCAAUCAGAUCUCCUUCCUCAGAGACGCGAUCAUGCGUUACGUCUUAGUAUCCAGAUCUCACUUGAUUGACAGUCCUCCUACCUAUAAUUCAAAGUAUGACUACAAAAGCUAUGAAGCCUAUGCCAAUAUCUCCUACUACACCAGAAAUCUCCCUCCAACUCCACAAGAUUGCCCAACUCCAAUGGGAGUAGUUGGAAAGAAAACACUGCCCGACUCCAAGUAUUUAGCAGAAAGGUUCCUCCUGAGGAAGAAGUUUGUGCCUGAUCCCCAAAGGACUAAUAUGAUGUUUGCGUUCUUUGCUCAACAUUUCACUCAUCAAUUUUUUAAGACAGAUGAGAGCCGAGGCCCCGAAUUCACUAAGGGACUGGGACAUGGUGUUGACCUAAGUCAUAUAUAUGGAGAAACUUUGGAUCGACAACACCAAUUGAGACUAUUUACAGAUGGGAAACUCAAGUAUCAGAUUAUAAAUGGAGAAGUCUAUCCUCCCACAGUUAAAGAAGCACCAGUAAAGAUGAUAUACCCUCCUCAUGUCCCAGAACACUUGAAGUUUGCAGUGGGACAGGAAUUCUUUGGCCUGGUCCCAGGUUUGAUGAUGUAUGCAACAAUUUGGCUGCGGGAACAUAACCGAGUCUGUGAUGUGUUGAAAGUCGAGCACCCGGAGUGGGACGAUGAGCAGCUUUUCCAGACUACCAGACUGAUACUGAUAGGAGAGACGAUCAAAAUCGUAAUUGAGGAUUAUGUGCAGCAUCUGAGUGGUUAUCACUUCAAGUUGAAAUUUGAUCCAGAGUUGCUCUUCAACCAGCAAUUCCAGUAUAGUAACCGAAUUGCAUCAGAGUUUAACACUCUCUAUCACUGGCACCCUUUGAUGCCUGAUGCAUUCAAUAUUGAGGACAAAGAGUACAGCUACCCUGAAUUCCUCUUCAAUAACUCAGUGCUGCUGAAGCAUGGCAUCUCCAAUAUGGUGGCUUCAUUCACCAAGCAAAUUGCUGGUAGGGUUGCUGGAGGCAGAAAUCUGAAUGGAGCAUUAUUAAAAGUGGCAAUCUCUACCAUUGAGCAUACUCGACAGAUGCGAUACAAGUCUCUGAAUGAGUAUCGAAAGCGAUUUUCAUUGAAGCCCUAUGAGUCUUUUGAAGAGCUCACAGGUGAAACAGAAAUGGCAUCUGAGCUGAAGGAACUUUAUGGGGAUAUUGAUGCAUUGGAAAUGUAUCCUGCUUUAAUGAUAGAAAAGCCAAGGCCUGGAGCCAUAUUUGGAGAAACUAUGGUUGAGAUGGGUGCUCCCUUCUCUUUGAAGGGCUUAAUGGGAAAUCUGAUUUGUUCUCCAGAAUAUUGGAAACCUAGCACCUUUGGUGGCAAAGUUGGCUUUGACAUUAUAAACACUGCAUCGCUGAGCAAGUUGGUCUGCAAUAAUCUAAAAGGACCAUGCCCAGUGGUGUCAUUCAGUGUUCCUCAGUCAGACCCCAGCAAUACAGGCUCAAUCAGCUCCAAGUCGCCCAGUCACGAUGUUAAUCCACAUGUUCUCUUGAAAGAGCGGACAACAGAGCUUUAAGUUUGUUUUUAUUCAAUAACUGUGCUGUCAAAUGUCACCUGAGUUAUGAGGAAGGUGCUACAUUUAGUCACAGCAGAAAAAUUAUUAUUCAGGGUUUCUGUUCUUGCUUUGACUUCCUCCUACUGGAUUACUUAUGACUAUAGAGAUCAGGUAUGAGUGUGAUGUCCCUCUCUGUUGAACAAGUGUUCCAUCAACACAUAGUGAUAAGACUCUCAUGUGGAUAAUGUACACUGGUGUGACUUACUGGGAAGAAAUCAACACAGCUGAAAGAAGGUAAUUCAUCCAGGUGGAGGAAAACAUUGGCAGGAGAAUUCAGAUUCAGGGCCCCAUAUCUAAUAUUGACACAGUGUCCAAACACAAACUGAAAAUACUUCUUUAGCCUGUUCGUAUUGUAGUCUCUGGAACCUUAAGCUUGAAUCUGAGCACAAUGUGAAUAUGAUUAAGACACCCUCCUUGCCUCUGCUGCUGAAACUCUGGCUACAUGUUGUUUGAUUGCCUCAUUUGCAAAUAUGAAUGUAGUCUUUAUCCCUGGACCAGAUCAGAUGUCACAACUGUUCUGGUGCUAAUCCCCGCUUGUGAGAUAGACUUGUCUUUUUGUUGACUUCAGUUUAAAUACACCACUGCAGCAACUUCAAGGCAUCUUAAUAUUGCUACAGCAGUUAAGGAGCAGCAGUUAUCAUACUAUUGAACAUACCUGCGACUCUUAGUGAAUGUACAAAAGUCUUAGGCACAUUUAUAUUUCUAGACUUUUGCACAGCACUGUAUUUGUCAAUGUGGGCCAGAGAUCAAGUUUGUAAAUCUGCUGGGAACAUAGGAUCGUGAGGGUGGAGUGCCGCGGGAGGAGUGUAGGACAGGUGACAGAGGAGUGCCAGGGGCGAGGGGUGGUGUGGGUGCAGCUACACCCAGCCCUGAGUCACCUGACAAGUAAUUUGAUUCCAAAUAGUUGACUUACUGAUCUUCACAGAAUGUCUGUCUGGUGCUUCCCACUCCCUGGCCCUCUCCUUUCCCCAUAAUUCCCCUCUCCCUGCCCCCUUCCCACUCUUAGUCCACAAUAGAGACCCAUAUCAGAAUCAGGUUUAUCGUCAGUUACAUAUGUCGCAGCACAGUGCAAUACAUAAAAUUAGUACAGUACUUUGCAAAAGUCUCGGGCAUCCUAGCCGUAUAUAUAUGUGCCUGAGACUUUUGUACAGUACUGCAUGUGGUUACCUAAUGAGGAUAGGAUAGUCUUUUCUUGUACCAGUCUUUCCAUGACCAUGUAGCUGAUGAAACAUAAACAUGGUUUAUGUGCACAUAUGUGGUUGUUGGUACUUUUGGAAGGGCACUUUAGUAUGACUGAAUCUUAGCAUUAAAGCAGAUGAAAAUUGAUAUCAAAGGGCUUUAAAAUUUAUUUAUUAUUUAAUAUUUUAUUUAUUUAUGUAAAUAAAUGUGGUUUUUGUAAAACUGUAUAUUUUUGAGUCAAUAGAACAAAAAUCUAGAGUUUCUAUUUUUGCAUUCCAAAAUUUAUAUGUUAACUAUGAAAUGGACAAGAUUUUUGCAGAUGAGAGGAACAAUCAAAAUUUACAACUGAGUUAGUUACAGAUCUCUUUAUUUAUAAAUAAUUGAUCGGACCUUUUGUACUUCAUCACUUUUUAUAUUGCAUGUAUGGAUCAUGAUUGUUGAACAAUAUGUAUAGUUUAAUAAUUCAUGAAAUAUGUAAUUUUUAAUAACUAUUAUAGCUGCUGUGCAGCAAUUUUGUAAUCAGCAAACAUACCCUGUCAACACAUAAAGGCAGAAUUCCUCCUUUCUGUAGCAACAAAACAAAGUGGGUUACAAAUUAUAACAAAAGUAGUAAGAUGCAACAGUGUUCAGACCUUACAAUGUGAGAAUAAUUCUCUGUCCAUCUCUGCUAACUGACUUGAUGUAAUCUGUUGUAAUUGAACAUUAUGUUUCAGAACAACCUCGAAUCUUUACAAAAUGUUCUUUCCAUUAAACUAAUACUGUUGACGGAUUGCACUUUA